AUGUUUUUCUCUUCUGGUUUUCCAUUUGAUUCUAUGGGUGGGCAACAAGCCCGUAGAAAAAGAGAAGUAAAUAAUUCAAAAUAUUAUGAAAUUUUGAAUUUAAAAAAAAAUUGUACCACCGAUGAAGUUAAAAAGGCUUACAGAAAGCUUGCCAUAAUACAUCAUCCUGAUAAAGGUGGAGAUCCAGAAAAGUUUAAAGAAAUAUCAAGAGCAUAUGAAAUAUUAGCUGAUGAAGAAAAAAGAAAAUUGUAUGAUGAAUAUGGUGAAGAAGGAUUGGAAAAUGGGGAACAACCUGCUGAUGCAACAGAUUUAUUUGAUUUUAUAUUAAAUGCAGGAAAAGGAAAAAAAAAAAGAGGUGAAGAUAUUGUAAGUGAGGUAAAGGUUACUCUUGAGCAGUUAUAUAAUGGCGCAACAAAAAAGCUAGCUAUUAGUAAAGAUGUUAUAUGUUCCAAUUGUGAAGGUCAUGGUGGUCCAAAGGAUGCAAAAGUUGAUUGUAAACAAUGCAAUGGAAGAGGAACAAAAACAUACAUGAGAUAUCACUCAAGUGUUUUGCAUCAAACUGAAGUAACAUGUAAUGGAUGUAGAGGAAAGGGGAAAAUAUUUAACGAGAAAGAUAAAUGUGUUAAUUGUAAAGGAGGAUGUGUAUUAAAAACGAGAAAAAUUAUAGAAGUGUAUAUACCUAAAGGUGCACCUAAUAAACACAAAAUUGUAUUUAAUGGAGAAGCUGAUGAAAAGCCAAAUGUAAUUACUGGUAAUUUAGUUGUUAUAUUAAAUGAGAAACAGCAUCCUGUAUUUAGAAGAGAGGGAGUAGACUUAUUUAUGAGUCAUAAAAUUUCUUUAUACGAAUCAUUGACAGGUUUUAUUGCUGAAAUAAAUCAUCUUGAUGAAAGGAAAAUUCUAGUAGAUUGUACAAAUACAGGUUUUAUAAGACAUGGUGAUAUAAGAGAAAUAGUAGAUGAAGGAAUGCCAACAUACAAGGAUCCUUUUAAAAAAGGAAAUUUAUACUUAACCUUUGAAGUGGAAUACCCAAUGGAUUUAAUUAUUACUAAUGAAAAGAAAGAAAUUUUGAAAAUUUUAAAAAAACAAAAUGAAAGCGAAAAGAAAUACGACCUGGAAAAUAGUGAAUGUGAAGUUGUUACUUGUCAAGCUGUUGACAAAGAGUACAUAAAACAGAGGGUAAGCAAAAAGCAGCAACAGGAGGCUUAUGAGGAUGAGGAGCAUCAGCCGGAAAUGGAAGGAGGAAGGGUUGCUUGUGCACAGCAGUAG